AUGGCGUUACGGGUGAUCCGACUGGUCCUCCCCUCGGGGACCGCCGUGUUCAAAGUAGGGACAACUAUUCGGACGGUAAGAUUGCCUAAUUGCCUAAAUGCUCUCUCGCGCAACGAAGGGCAUUAAGUUCACACGCUUCGGUACAAGGACACCAGAACAACAAUUCUAAUGCUAACAAGGCUAACAGUCAACAACUAUUCUGCAAUAAUGUAUUGUGAAUAAUUAACAGCAAUAUGCAUUUAACUCAAACAAGAUGUCUAGCUAGUUAGCUAAAUUAAUUAGCUAACGUUCGCUAGAUGAGCUCAACAUUGGCUAGCUAACUUAGUCAUUCUCAGUUUUAUCAACUACAAUGAGAUAGCUAUCUAUCGAAAUAUGCUUCAUUCAUGGUGGGCAGGAUGGUCAGAAGGUUGCCCGGUGGACCAGCUAUUACCUGUUGACAGGACAGAAGCAUGACACUCAAAUGCCCAUUCAAUAUUUGAUUUGUGAACUACUGUUAAUUGAUAAACAUAUCUUCUGUCUUUUAGGCUGGUAUUCACACAAGCUCAGUAAGGAACCUGCGGUACGGUUGGUGGGCAUAUGCACUGGGCGAGAGGACAACCCCAAGGUUCAAGGAGAACAGCAAGAUAAUCUCUAUUGAUGGCAACCUGGCCUCAGGAAAGGGAGCGCUGGCCCGGAAUCUGGCUGACAAGCUGGGUAAUGAUCAGGCUGUUGUCAAUGCAAUUAUUGAUGUCUAAACUAAUUGUUUAUUAGGCUUUAUAAGUUGGGUAGUUAGAAGUUGAUAACGCCAAUCAUUUUCAUUUUUCUGACUCAUUUAAAGUGCAUAAGAAUGUGGCGUAGUUAUGGUAUUCUUUGGUAGUCCCAACAUUUUCCUUUUUUAAUCCCUUACCUUUCCUACCUUCUGGGACAAAACAGAAGGGCACAACGACCCCGUAGAUUGACAACAUGAACACUUUGCCUGAUGUCUGUAGGGAUGCUGUACAUGCCCGAGCCUGACACGCACUACUUGGACAAGAUGACAGAGGAGAAGGCGCCUCUGCCAACCGCCUUUAACGGUAACUGCAGCCUGGAGAAGUUCUACGCAGACCCCAAGGCUGCUGACGGGAACUCCUACCGGCUGCAGGCAUGGAUGUACCUCAUGAGGCUCUUGCAGUGGUCAGACGCCAUGGAACACCUGCUCACCACAGGUAUGGCUGGUUGGCUAAGGAAUGCGCUCACAUAUCACUCACAAAUUACAGCAAGAUUGUGUUAGGCUGUCGGGAAAAACAACAGACAUUUAGCUCUUGACCUUACGUUUCUGUAGUUAAAUUAAUGCCUAGUGUUAUUCUAAAUGUGUGUUUGCAUUUAGAUCUUAAACAAACAUUAUUCUAUUCAUGCUCUUCUCAUAAACUUUCUCUCACUCUAGGCCAAGGUGUGAUCUUAGAGCGCUCCCCCUACAGUGACAUGGUGUUUGUGGAGGCUAUGUUCAAACAGGGCUACAUCAGAAGACAGUGUAAGUACUGAAAUCCCUAUAACGAGGGUGGAACAGAUCUGAAUAGUCGUAUUGCAUUGUUAUGACUCAGAUCUGGUUUAACACCAACCUGAAAAUGUCAUGAUAUUGAAAGGUCAUUAGUGUUUUAAAUAAAUAAACUGGGUGAAUAAGCUUUUUUUCCUGUAUGCCACCAUAAAUACCAAGGGGGCAUUUUACAGUGCUGAGGUUGAUGAAUCUUGUAUGUUCUGUAAUGCAGGUGUGGACCACUACAAUGAAAUUAAAGGUAUCAGUAUCUGCGAGUUCCUUCCCCCUCACUUGGUCAUCUAUGUGGACACGCCAGCAGAAGAAGUGCAGAAGAAGCUGAAGACGUCAGGAAAGGUAGGGAGACCCAGGCAAAGAAAAUAUCAUCCAUACUAUACUCUUCUUGGCAUAUCGUCUGUCUGUGUGAAAGAUCAUCCAUUAUCAGGCGGCAGAACCUGUGGAAUGUGACUGAACAAGUUUUAUUCAACCGAUUUUUGAGACCUGUCCAAUAAUUAUUGUAAAUUGUGUGAAUGCCUGGCACCGCUAAAAGCUUUUCUUAUAUUGAUGUCGUUGGUGCUUUAAACUAAAAGCAUUUUAAUAUUGUCUCAAACUGUACAGUGGUUAUGAUCUAUUUCAGAAACAGAAAACAAUAUGCUCAGCCUGUUGCAAAUGGAGAUUAAUGUUCUUAAUUGGAAUCUUUAAUUUGCCAAAUGCCUAUGGUAAUCAGUCACAAUUACAGAAAUGAGUUAUGCUUUCCGGCAUGCGCUGCCCAUUUAGGAUCUCUCACACUUGGCAGGCAGGUGGGCCUCACACAGCCUGGUAGUUAUUAGCAUUGUGGCCCCAGACAUAAUCCCCUCUUUAAAGAUAAUCACGGAGGGUUGGUGGAAUCCGGUGCAAAUCAAGUAAAAUAUGGAGUCUUCGAGUAGUGCUUAGGACAAGUCAUCAGUGCUUAAAUCCUAGGCUAUUUUCAACUCGCGUCGUUUGAUUCAUGCUUUAGAUCAGUGUUCCAAGUUUUUUUGUUGUGUGUGUUAUUCUCACACGUCUCUGAUUGGAUUGAAGUGUAAAACAUAUGUUCAGGCAUCAGUUUUAAAGCUGAUAAAUUAGAAUCACACUCCCUUAGAGUUAUAGAUAUAUCCUUUCAGUGAAACACAUGACAGAGCUUUUUUUGCUUUGAAAAAUAAAACUUAUGCUGUGUGAGAACGUAUGCUGUGUGAAAAUGUAUGCUAUUCAAUGUUUAGGGUGCUUGUUAAAUAACCAUUUUCAUCUAAUGUCCUGUUCAGGCUAUAUGGCCGAAGGCUGCACUGUGUUUUUAGAUCGCUAAUAGUAGUGGACGUGUAGCAUUUUGGCACAAAACCAUCUGCUAAACUCCUCAAGGUUUUAAACUUAAUACUGGUCAAUAAAGGAAUAAAAUCAAGCUGAUGCCUGGAUAAGAAUCCAAGUGUGGCCCUUGGCAUAGAUUUGUAUCAGUUGCCAGUUCCCACUGAACCAUUUGAUAGUGUGUGCAAUGAGUAUUGUCAAGUUAGGCCUCAUUACCUUUCCACUCUACAAAUCAGAUCAUUGAAGGUGACAAUCUGUUUCAACAGCAGUUCCAAACUGAUCUUCUGCUUGUUGACCACUUUGGGUGAUAACUUUGAAUCCAUUUAAGGCACUUCUACUAAGCUUGCAAAAGUAUUCAUCCCCCUUGGUGUUUUUCCUAUUUUGUUGCAGUACAACCUGUAAUUUUAAUUUAUUUUAAUUUGGAUUUCAUGUAAUGGACAUACACAAAAUAGUCCAAAUUGGUGAAGUGAAAUGAAAAAAGUAAUGUGUAAAAAAAUAAUAAAAAAAUCUAAAGAUCGGAAAAGUGGUGCGUGCCUACGUAUUCACCCCCUUUGCUAUGAAGCCCCUAAAUAAGAUCUGGUGCAACCAAUUACCUUCAGAAGUCACAUAAUUAGUUAGAUUGCACACAGGUGGACUUUAUUUAAGUGUCACAUGAUCUGUCACAUGAUCUCAGUGUGUAUAUAUACACCUGUUCUGAAAGGCCCCAGAGUCUACAACACCAUCAAGCAAGCGGCACCAUGAAGACCAAGGAGCUCUCCAAACAGGUCAGGGACAACGUUGUGGAGAAGUACAGAUCAGGGUUGGGUUAUAAAAAAAUAUCCGAAACUUUGAACAUCCCACGGCGCACCAUUAAAUUCCAUUAUUAAAAAAUUGAAAGAAUAUGGCACCACAACAAACUUGCCAAGAGAGGGCCGCCCACCAAAACUCACAGACCAGGCAAGGAGGGCAUUAAUCAGAGAGGCAACAAAGAGACCAAAGAUAACCCUGAAGGAGCUGCAAUGCUCCACAGCGGAGAUUGGAGUAUCUGUCCAUAGGACCAUUUUAAGCCGUACACUCCACAGAGCUGGGCUUUAUGGAAGAGUGGCCAGAAAAAAGCCAUUGCUUCAAGAAAAAAAUAAGCAAAAGGCAUGUGGGAGACUCCCCAAACAUAUGUAAGGUUAUUCUGGUCAGAUGAGACUAAAAUUGAGCUUUUUGGCCAUCAAGGAAAACACUAUGUCUGGUGCAAGCCCAACACCUCUCAUCACCCCGAGAACACCAUCCCCACAGUGAAGCAUGGUGGUGGCAGCAUCAUGCUGUGGGGAUGUUUUUCAUCGGCAGGGACUGGGAAACUGGUCAGAAUUGAAGGAAUGAUGGAUGGCGCUAAAUACAGGGGAAUUCUUGAGGGAAACCUGUUUCAGUCUUCCGGAGAUUUGAGACUGGGAUGGAGGUUCACCUUUCAGCAGGACAAUGACACUAAGCACACUGCUAAAGCAACACUCGAGUGGUUUAAGGGGAAAUAUUUUAAUGUCUUGGAAUGGCCUAGUCAAAGCCCAGACCUCAAUUCCAAUUGAGACUGACUUAAAGAUUGCUAUACACCAGCGGAACCCAUCCAACUUGAAGGAGCUGGGGCAGUUUUGCCUUGAAGAAUGGGCAGAAAUCCCAGUGGUUAGAUGUGCCAAGCUUAUAGAGAAAUACCCCAAGAGGCUUGCAGCUGUAAUUGCUGCAAAAGGUGGCUAUACAAAGUAUUGACUUUGGGGGGGGGGGGGGAUGGGGUGAAUAGUUAUGCACGCUCAAGUUUUUUGUUCUUGUUUGUUUCACAAUAAAACAUAUUUUGCAUCUUCAAAGUGGUAGGCAUGUUGUGUAAAUCAAAUGAUACAAACUCCCCCAAAAAAUCCAUUUUAAUUCCAGGUUGUAAGGCAACAAAAUAGGAAAAAUGCCAAGGGGGGUGAAUACUUUCGCAAGCCACUGUAUUUUAUAUUUUCAAAUAGCCUAUUUUCUAAAGUGUGUUGUUGUUCCUGUCUUACCCUCAGAAUGUACCCCUACCCUAUCUGAAGAGCAUUGAGGAUGCCUACAAGAAGACCUACCUUCCCAAAAUCAGGUUAGUGGACUACAAAGCUGUCUAGUGAAGGGAAUACUAUCCUUGAUACUUCUGCGAUGACCACAUGGAUGGCUCUUCAUGAGCUCUUCACUCUUUUGAGAGAGUUUUUCUGUAUUUCAGUGAGAAUGCAGAAUUGCUCGCUUAUGAUGCAACCCAGGCACAAGACAUCGAGAGGGUAAGAAAAUACAGUGCAUGACUAGAGGCUAGGGAUGUGCAUCUUUCCCUUUUCAAGAUGAUUUGAUACGCAUCUAUACUGAACAAAAGUAUAAAGGCAACAUGCAACAAUUUCUAAGGUUUUAUUUAGGGCUGAACGAUUAAUUGCAUUCGCGAUAAUAUCGCGAUUUGACUGAACGCGAUUUUCUAAUCGCAACGUGCGCGAUUUGAGGUGGUCACGUGACGCGACUUUUCAUGCUGUCCAGCGCAAUGGCCUCUUGCUCGACGGAACAGUCAGAAACUGACACAGCUGAUACUUUAAUAUCGAAGAGGAACAGCACGUCGGUGGUGUGGAACUAUUUUGGUUUUAAAAAAGAAGAUGCUGAGCAGCGUCAGGUGUUGUGCAGAGCAUGCCGUGCUCCGAUUGCUACUUCACGGGGUAACACUACAAACCUGUUUCAGCACUUAAAAAAAUACCACAAAUCAAUGCAUGACAGUUGUAUGACCAAAAUGCCGAGCAUCAGUGCGCGAGACAAGCCAAAUACCUCAAGACAGGGAUCACUGACAGAAAUGUUCGAAAGUGUCACUCCGUAUGAACGUAAUUCAAAACGGCACGGAGAAAUCACUCGGACAAUAACCGAGUUCAUAGCCAAAGAUAUGAUGCCUCUCAGCACGGUGACCAAGCCUGGGUUCAUGGCAUUAAUACAUACGCUUGAUAAACGUUACAGUAUACCCUCCCGCACAUACUUCAGUCAGACUGCCAUACCGGAGCUGUACAAAAAGUGCAAAGAGAAAGUCGCCGCGGAACUUAAAACGGUGGAGUUUUUUGCUAGCACUACUGAUAUGUGGUCAAGCCGCACAGCUGAGCCGUACCAGAGUCUUACAGUCCAUUUUAUUGAUGAAGAUUUCAACCUCCGAGCUCGCUGCCUACAAACUACCUACUUCCCAGACGAUCACACAGGGGAAAAUAUUGCAGCCGGCCUGAGAGAAGGGCUUGUCAGCUGGGAUCUCCACGAGGAGAAUCACGUCUGCAUCACGACGGACAACGCGUCGAAUAUGGUGCUUGCUGCGCGGCUUAAUGAAUGGACGAGGCUCCAAUGUUUUGGCCACAGAUUACAUCUUGCCAUUGGUAAGUUAUCGUGUGUGUGUGUGUGUGUGUGUGUGUGUGUGUGUGUGUGUGUGUGUGUGUGUGUGUGUGUGCGCGAGUGCGAGAGAGAGAGAUGCGUCGAUUAGUAAAGCUGAAUAUACAAAUAUAUAUAAAUGAUAUUAUAUAAAUCGGAUGGGAUUAAAUAAAUUCAUACUUCCACUCCUUUUCUAAUAUGUAAAUUCAUUUUACUUGCUUAUAUCAUAUGUCUGUCUGUGGUGGAAUGCCCACCUGCAUUUUUUUUCUUUUCUUGUUUUUGUUUUUUACAUGUUUUUUUAGUGUUUAUGAGAGAGAGAGAGAGAGAGAAAGAGAGAGAGAAUUGACAUGCAAAUAAAGACCCUUUGAAUUGAGAGAGAGAGAGAGGAUGUGUUGUGGAUGUGUGUAUUUCAGAAUUACAGCUAAUUUGAGUGUGUAAUAGUGAGAGCCUUGUAUCAAAACUCAAAUUGUGUGUAAUACACUACUUUUUAUUUCUUUUAGAAAAUGCACUCAAAGAUGACAGAGUGUCAAGGGCAACAGCACUGUGCAGGAAGCUGGUGGGGCACUUUUCCCACAGUUGGAAGAAGAAAGCAGCCCUGACGGAGGCACAGAGUGAGCUCAAACUCCCUGAGCACAACCUCAUAACGGAGUGCCCAACAAGAUGGGGUUCUAAAGAAAUGAUGAUUGCCAGAGUGCUUGAACAGGCCAAAGCCAUUUCUCAGGUAUUGUCUGGAGAUCGAUAUGCACGCUCCCUUAUCCCAACCUGGCAGGAUAUUGACGUGUUGGAGUCGAUUCACAAGGCACUGCAUCCUCUACUGGAGUUUACUGAUGCUCUUUCUGGAGAGGAGUAUGUAAGCAUCUCCUACCUCAAGCCAGUUCUCCACCUUUUUGCCACAUCAGUCCUGGCUGAAGAUGCUGAGGACACUGACCUGACUAAAUCAAUAAAAACCAAAGUCCUAGCAUACCUCAAUAACAAAUAUGGAGACCCAAACAUCCAGGAGCUUUUGGAUGUUGCCUGUUUCCUGGACCCUAGGUUCAAAAUACAGUACAUCAGUACAGACAACAUCCCUGCUAUCAAGACUCGUCUGAAGACAGAGAUAGUAGACUUGGCACAACGUACAUAUCAUUGGGUAAAUAAUUAUGUAUUUCACAAAAACAAAAAUUUUCUGUAAAAUCUAACUGGAAAACUAAUGGCUGUUGUUUUCAUCUAAUAGGAGAAGAGGUCUCGUACUGAAACUGUUCAGAUGCCUCAAAGUGCACAGUCCUUGGGGGAAAAGACGAAGAGGUCUCUUGGCAGUUUUUUCAAGACCAGUUCAGCCUCUCCUUCUUUGCCUGUAAAUCUUGAAGAUGUCGCAGAGGCAGAGAUAAACAAUUACCUGAUGACUCCUACCAUUGAUGGAGAAGAUGAUCCAUUGGCUUGGUGGAGGGUGCACAAGAUCAGCUACCCACAGUUGUGCACCAUGGCACGCAAGUAUCUUUGUGUACCUGCUACAAGCGCUCCCUCAGAGCGUCUUUUUAGCACAGGAGGGAAUAUUGUGACUUGCACUCGCUCAGCCUUGAAGCCAGAAAAAGUCAAUAUUCUGGUUUUCUUAGCAAAAAACCUGUGAGCCACUGAGAACAGAACUGUUGGAUAAGUAUGGCUGGCAGUGCCAUACUCGUAGUGAACUUUAGUCUGUGUGGUGUGUUAUUGUUGUGUACUUGAGAUAAGUGAGGCUCAUCUAUUUUAUAUUAUAAUAUUCAAAUCGUUUAUAAAAAAUAGUUUGUCUAAAUUAAAAGUGCAUUUCUCAUUUUUUAUUUAUAACUUUAUUUACUUUGAUUUUACAAAAUAUUUUCAAAGCAAAUUCCUUGUUUCAGUUGUGUGAAAUGUUACUGACUUGGGAGCAGUAAGAUACAUACAAUUUAAAAUUAUUUUUUUCUUAAGACUGUACCUUUUGCACACAGUGUUUACAAAGUUCAUGCCUUUGUUUAAAUUAUUUAAAUGCACAGUGGCAAAGCCACAGAUGUUUCUGUAAUGAGCAGUUCAAUAAAAAUGUCAUUUAUUUCAAGUCAUACAUGUUUGAAUUUAAUUCUAACAAAUAGACCCAGCCUAUGGGAAAGAACAUUUCACACUAAAUGUAUAUACUAUUGUGUUGGUCAUAUUUAAAUCAUUCAUUAUGUUUUGUAGGGGAAAAAGGAUAAAUAAAUUAAAUUGCAUAUUAAAUCGCAAUCGCAAUAUUGGGGGCAAAAAAUCGCAAUUAGAUUAUUUUCCAAAAUCGUUCAGCCUUAGUUUUAUUGAGUUAGUUCAUAUAAGGAAAUCAGUCAAUUGAAAUAAGUAAAUUAGGCCCUAAUCUAUGGAUUUCACAUUACUGGGCAGGGGUGCAGCCAUUGGUGGGCCUUAGAAGGUAUAGGCCCACCCACUGGGGAGCCAGGCCCCGCCAGUCAGAAUGAGUUUUUCCCGACAAAAGGGCUUUAUUACCGACAGAAAUCCUCAGUUUCAUCAGCUGUCCGGUUGACUGGUCUCAGACAAUUCCAUAGAUGAAAAAGCUGGAUGUGGAGGUCCAGGGAUGGCGUGGUUACACGUGGUCUGCGUUUGAGGCCGUACUGCCAAAUUCUCUAAAAUGACAUGGGAGGCGGCUUAUGGUAGAGAAAUGAACAUUCGAUUCUCUGGCAACAGCUCUGGUGGACAUUCCUGCAGUCAGCAUGCCAAUUGCGCGUACCCUAAAAACUUGAGAGAUCUGUGGCAUUGUGUUGUGAUAAAACUGCACGUUUUAGUGGCCUUUUAUUGUCAUACUGUUUAAUCAGAUUCUUGAUAUGCCACACCUGGCAGUUGGAUGGAUUAUCUUGGGAAAGGAGAAAUGCUCACUAACAGGGAUGUAAACAAAUUUGUGCACAACAUUUGAGAGAAAUAAGUGUUUUGUUCAUAUGGAACAUCUCUGGGAUCUUUUUAUUUCAGCUCAUGAAACACUGGACCAACACUUUACAUGUUGCGUUUAUAUUUUUGUUCAGUAUAGAUACGUAGGCUCCGAUGCGAUACAGGAACGAGACGUUUUAGUUUGAAACAAUUCGGUUUGAUUAGAGGAACGAAUCGAUGCGAUUCGAUGCACUAACAUUUGUUGCGUAAACACAUUCAUUUUCCAUUGUAAAUUAACAUCUGUUGCUGAUGUAGCUCCUGAGCUUGGGUUCCUCUGAGCUGGAUCUGUCAAGAUGACUUCUGUGGUGUGUGUGUGUGUAAAGUAUGUCUAUGGUGUGUGUAGGCACCUGAGCUGAGCCAUAAGGGAAACUGGGCAUCUACCACCACACUAUCAGUUAGGGGGGGGGGGGGCGGCAAUGCUUGCUUUUUGUCCUCCCCUACAUUUGAUUUGAAUCUGAUCACCCACUAAGUAAUUUCUCAUUUUUGCAGAUGAAAAGUGUUAGCGUUAUGACACAGCCAGUGAAUAUACUGGAACAACUUUGGAUUUCAUUGCUUCUCUUCUCCCGCUUCGACCAUGCUUUUGCUACCCGCAUUGCAAUUGCUGUUCUCAUUAUGAAAUGAUCAACUUUACCCUGUAUAUCUAAAAAUGACCAUAUAUACUGAUUGUUUCAAGCAAAACUAACAAAACUAGUGCUGAUGGGGAACCAAAAUACAAUUUCAUGUAAGCCCCGAUUAGCAUGUAGCCUACCUAUAGCCAGAUGAGUUGUCUCCGGCGGUAGCUUAGGCUACUUUUAUAACACAAUUUUCAACAGCGCAUUUGAUUUAAAAAAAUUACCUAGCAAAUUACAUUGUGGUGAUGGGAGUAGGGGGAAACGAUACAGUUACAUAUCGGGAUAUUAUUUUUGAUGAUAUAUCGUAUAGUUUUGACAAUAUCGCAAUAUUAUUUUUACUCUAGUUGUCUGUACCUGCACCAAAAGUCCAGUAUUUUUCCUUCAUAGUUUGUUCGACAUCUUUUUGAAACAGGGAGCCAAUUUUGUUUUCAGCACAUUUAUUUCCAUGACUGAUUUUAUGGCUCUCUCGUCCCUCUGCGGCAGACAUAUGGUGAGCAAAAUGUUUGGAACAUCAAAUCGCAAUACAUAUAGAAUCGUGAGAAUCUGUUUAUUCUCGGUAAUACCAAUCAUCCCACCGAAGACAUUCUUUAAAAAGUAUACUCUGAUAUAAGACUUUAUAUGGGCAAAUAAAACUCAAAGAAUAAAAAGGAAAGUGCCUAAGUCUGAGGGGGAUUUUAACCUUCCAGACAUGGAAUUGUGUGUCAACUCGCCACCCAAGGCCUUUACUUGCGACAUACACGGAGUGUACAAAUUAGGAACACCUGACAUAGACAGACUGACCAGGCGAAUCCAGGUGAAAGCUAUGAUCCCUUAUUGAUGUCACCUGUUAAAUCCACUUCAAUCAGUGUAGCUGAAGGGGAGGAGUCCGGUUAACAAAUGAUUUUUAAGCCUUGAGACAAUUGAGACAUGGAUUGUAUGUGUGCCAUUCAGAGGGUGAAUAGACAAGACAAAAUAUUGAAGUGCCUUUUGAAUGGGGUAUGGUAGUAGGUGCCAGGCGCACUGGUUUGAGUGUGUCAAGAACUGCAACGCUGCUGGGUUUUUCACGCUCAACAGUUUCCCGUGUGUAUCAAGAAUGGUCCACCACCCAAAGGACAUCCAGCCAACUUGACACAACUGUGGGAAGCAUUGGAGUGAACAUGGGCCAGCAUCCCUGUGGAACGCUUUCGACACCUUGUAGUCCAUGCCUCGACAAAUUGAGGCUAUUCUGAGGGCAAAAGGUAAAUAUUAGCAAGGUGUUCCUAAUGUUUUGCACAUUCUCAUCCCCAGAAUCUUUUCACGUGUCUUUUCAAAGGAUAAAGCUAAGAACAUUAAAAACGUCAUAGUUAAGAACACUACAAUAUCACUCCCUAAAAAUACAACCUUAUGGAACAAUCCUUGGAUAGCUUUUCAGAAUUUACCGAUUUUUAAAUUGGUCCACAUGGAAAACUAAACACAUAGAAAACCUUAAAUGACUUGAUUUAUUUCCAUUACAGAAUUCAAAAGCAAUUCUGGACUGACCAAUGUAGAUAUUUUCAAAUACAAAUUCAAGAAAUUUCGAUUUUAAAUCUUGAGGGAACCCUAUUUGAGUCAGAAGUGGAUGUUCAUAUGAUAGAUGGUAUGAGAUACAAAGGCUCUCAUAGAGCCUAUCUAACUAACAGGCUCUCAUAGAGCCUAUCUAACUAACAGGCUCUCAUAGAGCCCAUCUAACUAACAGGCUCUCAUAGAGCCCAUCUAACUAACAGGCUCUCAUAGAGCCCAUCUAACUAACAGGCUCUCAUAGAGCCCAUCUAACUAACAGGUUCUCAUAGAGCCUAUCUAACUAACAGGCUCUUAGACAAAAAGAGCUGUGCUAUAAAGUCCAAAAGCUAUUGGCAGAGUUAAAAAGUUGGCUGUCAGAAGUAUUACUAUGUAAAUUUACUUUUAAUCCGUUUGUCUGCAUAGUUCAAGACAUGGCAUGUGAGGGUGCAGUGAGAUACCCGAUGGGUUGGACUUUCCUUUUCUCGUCAAUUAUCUUGAAAAAAAACGUACACUUAACUGGAAAUCAACCAAUCCUCCAUCGUUACCACAAUGGAAAGGUCAAAUGCUUUGUUAUCUAAAUGUUGAAAGUGCGUGGGUGACCGAGAGAAACAGGAUGGUGCAGUUUGAGGCCAUGUGGCGGAGAGUGAUGUGGAGAUGGGGGGGGGGGGGGGGUGAGCUGGUGGGUCUGGGCAGUGUUGAAGUUGUGAAUGAUGUUUGUGUGUGUAUGUUUUGUAAUGUAUAUUAUUUUAAAAAUAAUCGUACCCCAAUACAGAUUGUAAUAAAGCUGGUUAGACAACCCGAGACGUGGGGCAAGUACUGGAUUGAGCAGAGUAGCGGGACGCUGCCACCACCCUUAGUUUGACCGGUAUGGUCCGCCGUCAGAGGAUAGGACAUCAAAACUCAACACAGAUAUAGCAAACAAUGAUCUUUAUUAACUACACCCUUUCAUAAGACGGUGUGCAUGAAAUGCUAGGCGACCUGCUAAAUUCCUGCAGUCUCUGUAACCCAAUCAGAAGUACUACAAUGACCUGAAGGUGUAAGGCACACUAUUAAGCUAAAAAGUGACACAACGAAAGAGGACAUAACAUUGAACAUUUUAAAUGUAACAUUUUAAAAACACUUGGCUCUCCCAGUUGACUGGGCGUGUGCAACACCGUUGGACCGUUUGGCGUGGCUAGUGGGGGAGAUGGAUCGCAACCAUAGCAACCCCAUUUCUUAUCUGGUUCCCCAAAUUCCCCCUCACUACCUGUCUUCCCCACCGGCUUCCCUACCCAGCAGCGAAUGACAACCUCCCCCCAUUAAGAUGAGUGCAAUGUGGAUACUUGCAAAGGCUGCAAGCCCAAUGUUCAUCAAAGCACUGCUCCCCCGCCAAGACCUGCCGACGCUCUCGGCUCUGCCUUUAUCAGUUUCUCAGAGUCUGUCGAUGUGCCCUUGAGCAAGGCACUUAACCCUAAUUGCUCCUGUAAGUCGCUCUGGAUAAGAGCGUCUGCAAAAUGACUAAAAUGUAAAUGUAAAAUGUUCCUGGCAAUUCCCAGCCCUAUUACAUUGGUUGUCACUUAACUAAUAAAGCCUAAUAUUGCACAAACCAUUUUACAAACAUUUUAAUGCUCAAGGUGACCUGCAGAUGUGCCAGAUCAGGAAUAGGCCUACCUCUCUUUGGUCAGUGCACGAAGCUGCACACAGCGCGCAGUUUGACUAUCCUACUGAUAUUGCCUGGGUUUUUUUGGCAUGGAAAAUGACCUGUAGAUCAAUGGCUGUCAACAUAAUUGUAUGCUUAGUUCCACACUGAAGGAGAGGACGCAGUUGUCAGAAAAUAUUAGGUAUUUUCGGAAGGUAGAGCGAGAGGAAUUUGAGCAACAACAAAAAAAAGUUAGCCGCCGAUUUGUAACAUUUGAACCGAUUUUUCUGACCGAUGCAUGCUACAUUUGGAUCGGUUUGGGGUCACGCAGACUGAUGCACUCAUGUCUUAAACAUUUGAAACGGGACUGAUUCGUAUGGGUGAAUCGCUACAUCUCUACUAGAGACAUGGAUAAUAAUUGGAGACCCUUGUAGUUUCUGGUGAGAACACAAACAUGCUGUUGAUGUUAUGUUAUAGGUCUUCCCAAUGCAUGAACCUGAAAUGCACUGAUUGCUAUUGGUAACCCCUCUUAUUCCCUUACAGAAUCCUCUCGUCAAAAUAGACUUACAUUUCUUUUAGUUUUUCUCAUCUACAGAUUGCAGAAGACAUUGAGUACUUGAAGUUCGAGAAAGGACCUUGGGUAGAACAGGAUGAUGUCACAUUACACUACAUGAGAAUGCUGUAAGUAUAACCACUUCAUUUGUUCCCUACAUGUGUAGACCUAAAACAAAGUGUUGUCGGUACAUUCCUGUCACGUACAGUACAUGGGUAGGCCUAUACUGUAUAGUUCAUAUUGGCACUCUGUAGGCCUCAUCAGCCUGCUGUUUUCCUGCCUCUCUCCCCCCAGGGUGGAAGACAAGAUGAGGGUGGCAGACCUGACCCUUGUACCCAACUUCCUCCCUGAGGUCACCAUCGGAGCUCACGAGUAUGACGCAGGCUACUACGCCUUCAAAUCGGUAAGGGAGAAAAGUGCUCUACUUCUCUAAUGAUGUUAGAUCACCUGAUAUAUCCAGACUACUUCACUAAUGAUGUUAGAUCACCUGAUAUAUCCAGACUACUUCACUAAUGAUGUUAGAUCACCUGAU